ACCGAGUUCUUACUCUUCUUGAAGCUCGGACUCCAUGAACAGAUCUUAACAAAACCUUCAAAUCUCAUGAACAACAGAUGCACACAAUUUCCUCCAUCAAAUCCACCACAAACCGGUACGCAUCAUAAAUCUCAAUGUUCUCGAGGUAGAUUAAUCACCUACAAAUGGACGUUGAAAAAUCAUCGCUGUGUAAUUGCGUUGUAAACUUCUUAUUGGAGGAGAAUUACUUGUUAUCGGCGUUCGAACUGCUUCACGAGCUCCUCGAUGAUGGCCGUCACGAUCAAGCAAUUCGCCUCAAGGAGUUUUUUGCUGAUCCUGUGCAGUUUCCGCCAGAUUUGAUCUCGCGGUUUAAUACUCUUCGAGUUGCCGACCCACAGAGUCUGCUAGAGGAAAAAGAAGCACUGGAAGAGAAACUAGCAAUUAGGGACUAUGAGAGUCGUUUGGCUCAAGAAGACAUUCUGAAGUUAAAGACCGAGUUACAAAAGAAAUCCGAGGCCAGACUCGAUGAAUUAAGUGAUGCUAAAGCGAAAAAUGGAUCAGAUGUUCAGCAAAGCAGGGAGACAGCAGUCUCUGAAUUGGGUCCUUUAAAGGCAAAAGAGCGUCAAGACCUGAAUUGUGCUGUAAAAGAAUAUCUGCUCUUAGCAGGAUACCGUUUGACUGCUAUGACCUUUUAUGAGGAGGUUAGCAACCAGGAUCUAGAUAAUUGGCAAAACUCUUCUGCAUCUGUUCCAGACGCUUUGCGCCAUUAUUAUUAUCAGUAUCUUUCUUCCACUACAGAAGCAGCUGAGGAGAAGUUUUCUAUGCUUAAAAAGAACGAAUCAUUGGUCAAAGAGAAUGAUAAGUUAAAACAUGAAAGACAGUCUUUGUUGAGAAGCAGAGAUUUAGCUGAGGCCCAGGUGGUGACUUUAAAGAAGUCACUAGAGAGUUUACAAAAGGAUGUCAAGGAGAAAGAUAAACUGGUUCAAGAUCUAAAGCAGUCAGUGGAACAGCGAAAAAAUGAACUAACUACCUGCAAAGCUGAAAUAACAUCACUUAAAAAGCACACAGAAGGAGCUCAACCAACAGAAAAUAUGACAUCUGGUGAAGAAAUACAAUUGCUGAAGAAGGAGAUUGAAAGGCUGAAUGCUGCAAAAUCUGGUGAUGCUCAACCUGUUGGAUCCAUAAAUAGUGUGGAAGAAGUGCUUGAUGGAAAAGAUGAAGUAACAAAUAUACGCGAAAAUGAUAUGCUAUCCCUAUCAACUGGUAAUCCGUCUGAAUGUUCUGGAAGCACUGAGCCUCAGAACGAGACAGUUCAAGACACAGAUGCUACUGCUGAUAAUAAUGAGGAAUUUCCAAAAUCAGAUGACAGUGAUACCAAGAAUUCCUCAAAAGAUAGUGUUGUCAUAACUCACAACGGUUUGCUUUCACCGCCAAGUACUCCUUCUGUUGAACCUGAUUCUGAGAAUAAGGGUCCUGGAACCAUACAGAUUCUUUCAGAUACAUUGCCUAAAAUUGUUCCUUAUGUCCUGAUUAAUCAUCGAGAGGAGCUUCUUCCUCUGAUGAUGUGUGCAAUUGAGCGUCACCCGAGUAGCAACACAAGGGAUUCCUUGACUCACACAUUGUUUAACUUGAUUAAGCGUCCAGAUGAGCAACAAAGACGGAUUAUUAUGGAUGCCUGUGUGACCCUCGCUAGGAAUGUGGGAGAGAUGCGAACAGAAACAGAGUUGCUUCCCCAAUGUUGGGAGCAAAUUAGCCACAUGUACGAGGAGCGCAGGCUGCUUGUUGCUCAAUCAUGCGGAGAGCUUGCGGAAUUUGUGCGUCCAGAGAUCCGAGACUCACUCAUCCUAUCGAUCGUCCAGCAGCUGCUUGAGGAUUCUGCGAUUGUUGUCCGUGAGGCUGCUGCUCGUAAUCUGGCUUUGCUGCUUCCGCUUUUUCCAAAUACGGAUAAAUAUUUCAAGGUGGAGGAAAUGAUGUUCCAGUUAGUUUGCGAUCCAUCUGGAGUGGUUGUUGAAACUACGAUCAGAGAACUAGUUCCUGCUUUGCUGAAGUGGGGAAACAAAUUGGAUCAUAUUCUACGAGUGUUACUUUCUCACAUGUUGAGCUCUAUUGAGUGUUGCCCACCUCUUUCAGGAGUUGAAGAUUCCGUAGAGUCACAUUUCCAUGUUUUGGGUGAAAGAGAACGCUGGACCGUUGAUGUUUUGCUGCGGUUACUGUUGGAAUUACUUCCGGUUGUACACCAGAUAUCUAUCGAAACUUGUCCAUACCCAUCUCUUUUAGAUUCUGUAGGAUCAUUGUUUCCAAAACCAUUGCUUGAGAAGUAUGCCGAGGGACAUGUAGAUUGGCCUACUUUUGAGUGGCUUCAUGAUGACUGCUUUCCUAGUCUGAUUCAAAUCGUCUCUCUUUUACCACAGAAGGAAGAUAGCUUGAGAAACCGGAUCUCAAGUUUUUUGCUGGCGGUUUCUAAACGAUUCGGAGAUGAUUAUCUCACCCAUAUUAUGCUGCCUGUAUUUUUGGUGGCGGUGGGUGAUGAUGCUGAUCUGGCAUGCUUCCCCUCAACAUCCCAGCCAAAAGUUAAAGCUCUAAGACCAAAAAAUGCGGGAGACGAAAGAAUUGCUAGGUUGUGUGUCCUGCCUCUCCUAUUGGCCGGUGUCCUUGGAUCCCCUAGUAAGCAUGAAGUAUUAACUGAAUACCUAAGGAAUCUCUUGGUCCAAAAUGCUGAGCUGGAGGGCCAUUUAGCAAUGCAGAAUGUUGAUGUUUACAACUCUGUCCGUUUCCUAUGCUUGUUUGAAGAACACCAUAAUCUGGUUUUCAAUGUCAUAUGGGAAAUGGUUGUGAGCUCCAAUAUGGAUCUAAAAGUCAAUGCUGCCAAACUUCUGAAAAUGAUUGUACCAUAUAUAGAUGCAAAAGUUGCCUCAGCACAUGUUUUACCCGCUCUUGUGACGUUGGGCUCUGAACCAAACUUACCUGUGCUGUAUGCUAGCAUUGAUGCCUUUGGAACUGUAGCUCAGAACUUCAAAGCCGAUGUGAUUGUUGACAAAAUACGGGUCCAAAUGGAUGCUUUUCUUGAAGACGGAUCACAUGAAGCUAUACUUGCAGUUAUUCGUGCAUUAGUGGUGGCUGUGCCACACACAACAGAGAGCCUAAGAGAUUAUUUGUUAUCGAAGAUAUUUCAUCUUUCUGCAAAUCAACUACCUUCAACUAACAUGGCUCGUCGCCGUGAUCGAUCUAAUGCGUUCUGCGAGGCAAUCCGUGCUCUAGAUGCUACAGAUCUUUCAGCUGCCAGUGUCCGGGAUCUGCUGUUGCCAACAAUACAAAACCUGUUAAAAGACACGGAGGCCCUUGAUCCAGCACACAAGGAAGCCUUGGAAAUCAUAGUGAAAGACAGGUCCGGUGGAACAUUCGACACUUUCAGCAAAGUCAUGGGGUCUCAGUUUGCGCUGCCAACGUCAAUGACAAGUUUAUUUAGUGAAGGUGGGCUGCUCGGAAAGCGGGAUUCAGUUGAAAUGCCGCCACCGGCACCACCAACAAGUUUAGCUGAGCAACCCAAGAUUACCCCAACUCCGCCGCCAUCAGCAGUUGAAGACACAAGAUUUCGAAGAAUCAUGAGAGGUGGUCUUACCGACAUGCUGAGGGGCAAACCCAAAAACAAUGAUGAACCUUCUACACCUCAUUAAAUAAAUAUGUUCUUGUUUUGUAAUUCAUAUGACUUUCGGCUGUGUUCUUUUACUUGUCUUCUUUCUUUCUAAGGUUAGUUUUUGAUUCAUUUCAUAUCGGUUCUGUCUAUCAAGAGAAUAAAUGUAUAUUUUUACCUAAAUGAGUUUUAUAUAUUUUUUA